AGUUCAUAAGAUUAGCGUAAAAUUCAACAUCAAUCAAAAACAAUUCACAAUUCCGUCCGAUUGAAAACAAAACGAGAUUCGUUUCGCUCUGUUCGUGCUCUAGCCCCGAAGAACUGUUUAUGGUAAUUAAAAAGUUACACACUAGAAUAGAAAAAAAGGAAGUCGCGGAACAGAGAAAUAAAAAUUCCAUUCCGGUAUUGGGGUUGCCAUGAACCAACGGCAAGAAUAAGAAAAAGAAAAGAGCAGAACCAAAAUAAAAUAACAAAACACACACACACAACCACAACAAACUGUCAACUGGUCGUCGCGUAGUGCGAAUGCCGAAAGACGAAGAAGACCACGGAAGAGCGCCCAACCGGUUUAUCAAAACCCCGGAGAGACGACCCAAAAACCGGUGUGUCCUUUCUGUUCCCUGUCCUGUCGUAAAACAACGCCCUGCCAUUGUGCCGUGUACCAGUUCCCGUAUAUGUUCAUCCGUGCAGUGAUUUUAAAGUUUGAAUUCGAGUCACACUGCUUCAUGUUUCAUUGCGCGGCUGUUUAGCUCGUGCGGUGCAACUGUGUUCCUAUCUCAACCAUAUCUUGCGUCUUGUGAUUUUGGAACGUUCGGGAGUGGUUACCGAUUGUGAAAGAGCUUAGCGUACAGUGUGCUGCGUGGUUCCCAACGCAAGAACCAUAAACUACUACCUCAACGAGAAACGAACGGCCGUGAUUGUAUUGAUAGUCUUCCUAGUCACCACAACGAUCUUCCAAAACCGUAUUGCCUCUUCCGGCAAGCCAUACGACGUCAGUUAAGGUCAACGGCAGUUAGCACAUUCCAUCAAUCGGAUCUCGACGAGACGACGCCCCCAGCUUUAGCUUCAACUUCAGUGACCAAGUUUACAACGGAAUGGCCCAGCGCGCGCUAAGGCGAGUGUUUGUGUACGGUACGUUGAAGCGAGGUGAACCGAACCACCAUUUGCUAGCGGAUGCCGACAACGGGUAUGCCAAGUUCAUCUGCAAAGGGUCCACGAAUCGCCGGUUUCCGCUGGUGGUCGCUACCCGGUACAACAUUCCCUUCCUGCUGGACAAACCGGGCACCGGCAGUUACGUAACGGGAGAGAUCUACGAGGUGGACGAUCCGCUGUUUGCGCAGCUGGACGUGCUGGAAGACUACCGGAAGCUGUACGAUCGACAGAUCGAGGACAUUAACGUUGGCAUCGAGGGAGGUAAUGUGCCGUGUUGGUUGUAUCUGCUGCGCAACUGUCCGGAUCGGCUGUUAAAGUUGCCAAUGCUAAGCGAAUACCGAAACACGCUGGAGCAAUCGUACUCGCGCAGACCCCCUGGGAAGGUGAACAUCUUCGAGGAGUUGCUCAAGGGUGAUGAGUAGCGGACGUGGUGUAGUGGACGAAGGUGAAGCAAUGGGUUGUGAAGCCGAAGGAACUCCGGAUCUCCUUCGGUACGCUGUCGAUAAAUAUCCUUUUUAACCGGUUAUCCUAUAAGGACAUAAAGUUUUGUUUUUGCUUCUUCUGUACUUAAUGUUACGUACAAUGGUGGAAUGUAAUAAUGGUAAUAAAACAAAUGUCAAUUCCGAAGUUCCCAAAACCA